CCCGAAGGAGGAGUCUGGUCCCGGAAGUGAAGAGGAAACCGGAAAUGUCGCACCGGGUCUGGGCUGGGUUUGAAAGGAGGCGUCUCCUGCUACUGUGAGAUCCUGUAGGGUGCCGCCUGAGGGGUCUUCUCGGUGGGCCGCUGCAGUUGCGCCCUUGUCGUGAAGGAGUGGCCGAGCCGCCGCCGAGUCGCCAUCAUCAUCAUGCACGACGCCUUUGAGCCGGUGCCGAUUCUGGAAAAACUGCCGCUGCAGAUCGACUGCUUGGCUGCGUGGGAAGAAUGGCUCCUCGUUGGGACAAAACAAGGGCACCUUUUGCUUUACAGAAUUCGAAAGGAAACUGGUUGCAACAGGUUUGAAGUGACACUUGAGAAAUCAAACAAGAACUUCUCCAAGAAGAUUCAGCAGAUCCAUGUUGUAUCCCAAUUCAAAAUUUUGAUCAGUUUGUUAGAAAACAACAUUUAUGUUCAUGACCUGUUGACAUUUCAGCAGAUCACUGCAGUUUCCAAGGCAAAGGGUGCAACUCUCUUCACCUGUGACCUGAAGCACUCUGAUACAGGUGAAGAGGUCUUGAGGAUGUGUGUGGCGGUGAGAAAGAAGCUACAGCUGUAUUACUGGAAGGACAGAGAGUUUUAUGAGCUGCAGGGAGACUUGAGCGUGCCAGAUGUACCCAAAUCAAUGGCAUGGUGUGAAGAUUCAAUCUGUGUGGGUUUCAAGAGGGAAUAUUAUUUGAUAAAGGUGGAUGGGAAAGGAUCCAACAAAGAACUCUUCCCUACAGGAAAGCAACUUGAACCCCUGGUAGCCCCUUUGGCAGAUGGGAAAGUUGCUGUAGGCCAAGAUGACCUUACUGUUGUAUUAAAUGAAGAAGGGAACUGUACACAGAAAUGUGCCUUGAACUGGACUGAUAUCCCAAUAGCCAUGGAACAUCAGCCUCCGUACAUUGUGGCAGUACUACCACGAUACGUAGAGAUUCGUACUCUUGAGCCCCGUCUCCUGGUGCAGAGUAUUGAGCUACAGAGGCCACGCUUCAUUACUUCUGGAGGUGCAAAUAUUGUGUAUGUGGCCAGCAAUCAUUUUGUUUGGCGUCUCAUUCCGGUUUCCAUUGCAACCCAGAUCCAGCAGCUUCUUCAAGAUAAGCAAUUUGAAUUGGCUCUGCAGUUGGCAGAUAUGAAGGAUGACUCUGAUUCUGAAAAGCGACAACAGAUCCAUCAUAUUAAGAAUCUGUAUGCCUUCAAUCUUUUCUGCCAAAAACGCUUUGAUGAAUCCAUGCAAGUCUUUGCCAAGCUUGGAACAGAUCCUACCCAUGUGAUGGGUCUAUAUCCUGAACUGUUGCCCAGUGAUUACAAGAAACAGCUCCAGUAUCCCAACCCGGUGCCCAUUCUCUCUCCAGCAGAGCUGGAGAAAGCACACUUGGCACUUAUAGACUACCUAACUCAGAAAAGAAGUCAGUUAGUGAAAGUGCUGAAUGACUCAGACCAUCAGUCCACCACUUCUCCCCUCAUGGAGGGGACUCCCACCAUCAAAUCAAAGAAGAAGUUGCUGCAGAUCAUUGAUACAACCCUGUUGAAAUGCUACCUCCAUACCAAUGUAGCCCUAGUGGCGCCACUAUUGCGACUGGAAAACAAUCACUGCCAUAUUGAAGAAAGUGAGCAUGUGCUCAAGAAAGCUCACAAAUACAGUGAGCUGAUCAUUCUGUAUGAGAAGAAAGGUCUUCAUGAAAAAGCUUUACAAGUGUUAGUGGAUCAGUCAAAGAAAGCUAACUCUCCAUUGAAGGGCCAUGAGAGGACUGUGCAGUAUUUACAACAUUUGGGUACAGACAACUUGGAUUUAAUAUUUUCCUAUUCUGUUUGGGUACUUAGAGACUUUCCUGAAGAUGGAUUGAAAAUAUUUACAGAAGAUCUUCCUGAAGUAGAGUCUCUCCCACGAAAAAAAGUCCUCAGCUUCUUGAUAGAGAACUUUAAAAACUUGGCUGUUCCCUACUUGGAGCAUAUAAUCAAUAUCUGGGAAGAAGAUGGUUCAGAGUUCCACAACUGCUUGAUUCAGCUGUACUGUGAGAAAGUGCAAGGCUUAAUGAAGGAAUAUCUCAGCUCUCUUCCUCCAGAUAAUACACAAGUGGCAGCUGGAGAGGAGGAGGGAGAACUAGGAGAGUACAGACAUAAGCUGCUUUUCUUCCUGGAGACUUCCAGCUGCUAUAAUGCUGAGCAGCUCAUCAGUGACUUCCCCUUUGAUGGCCUCUUAGAAGAACGUGCUCUACUGCUGGGACGUAUGGGGAAUCAUGAACAAGCCCUUUUUAUAUAUGUUCAUAUCCUGAAGGAUACCACAAUGGCUGUAAAUUACUGUCACAAAAACUAUGAUAAAAGUAAAGAUGGCAACAAAGAUGUAUACCUGUCUCUUCUCCGGAUGUACCUGUCUCCACCUAGUGUUCACUGCUUGGGACCAAUCAAGAUGAAACUAUUGGAGCCUCAAGCCAAUCUCCAGGAUGCAUUGCAGGUUUUAGAACUUCAUCAUAGCAAGUUGGACACUACCAAAGCAAUAAACCUCCUCCCAGCAAAUACUCAAAUUAGAGAGAUCCGAAUCUUCUUGGAAAAAGUCCUUGAAGAAAAUGCCCAGAGGAAGCGAUUCAAUCAAAUACUUAAAAACCUUCUCCAUGCUGAAUUCCUGAGAGUACAGGAGGAACGGAUUUUACUUCAGCAAGUGAAGUGCAUAAUCACAGAGGAAAAACUUUGCAAUGUGUGUAAAAAAAAGAUCGGAAAUAGUGCCUUUGCCCGCUAUCCCAAUGCAAUGGUUGUGCAUUAUUUUUGUUCCAAAGAAGUCGGUGCAGCAGACACCUGAAAGGAUUGUCAUGCAUAACAUGAACUGCAGUAGCCAUGGUGCUCACACAGAAAGAGACAAAAGAGCAUUACAAGUCUAAGGAAUCUUCUGAGGCAUAUUACUUACAAACAACCAUAGCCCCAUGUUGCUUUACCAGAUGACUCACCAUGUAAUCUGCCAAUAUUGGCAUAGUAGGAAAACAGGAAUCUAACUAUUCUUUUAUGUACUUGGCAGCAGGUUAACCUCAUAGCACUUCAGCAUGAGGAAGAAUGAAAGCUAUAUUGCAAUGAGAUGCCAUUGCACUCCAGAUUUUGGAAGACCAAGUAGUGUUAAAAAUUGUAUUAACAAGGCAAAAAUAUGUUUUGUGUUGGAUUCUAUAUUUUGAGCAUAGCUGGGAAAAAUUGUGUGAUAGUUUCAUCGGCAUUACAUUGAGAUCUACUUUUAUCAGCCACUUGGAGACAGGCACUACCAGAAAGGCUGUACGCAGAUUUUCCUUCCUGCUAGUGUUGGAUAUAAGUAGGUUCUGGCCAGCGAACUUUAUCCUUUGUACCUGAAGUGGUUAUCGCCACUGUUAUAAAAGUUCCAAGGGAACUAGUCUGAUACAAUAUGAUCAGAACUGGAAAAUGUGUAUUUUUUUAGUUUUGGUUUUUUGAGAGGCAUGUAAAUAUGAAUGAACAAACUAUUUGCACUGUGUAAAGUUGCUUCCAUUAUGAGUGGAAUGAAAAGUGGCAAUGAUUUUCUGAAGGAUGGGGGAACUAGCAUCUGCACUUGCACCAAAAAGUUAAAAGAGCAACUUUUUAAAAAAUCUGAUUUCAAAAGAAGGCUUUUAUUAUCUGGUCUAUACUUUGGAGUCGCCAUUGCAUUGAAAUGGUUAAAUCUUUAUGCACUCUCUAGCUUUUGAGUAAAGCAGACACUUAUUUUCAUGUCAGUAUUUUGAGUUCUUUAUAACUGUUCACACUGGUGUUCCUCUGUGGCUUUGUGUACCCUUAUAACUUUAAUACUGAAAACUCCUGGGCUGCAAUACGUGCCCUUGCAGGCUGUAAUAUUAUUUCUAACAUUGUUCCUCAAAGGCUAAUCUGUUAUGAAGGUGAUAAACAUGUAUGUGAGAGGUCGCAUAAAAGUAAAAACAAUCUGAGCAGCAGUUGAACAAAGACUUGUGUUAGGAGCAAUUGUUUCAGUGUAUCUGAAUGGGGAAAUUAUAGCUAUUUAUUAUUAUUAUUAUUAUUAUUAUUAUUUUAAACUGUAAUCAUACAGUGAUUUGGGGCAUGCAUUUAUAUUUUUUGCUUGAAAUUCAUCAUUGUCGCCAAGUAAGUUGAAGAAAUAAAGAUUAAGGAAAAGCUGUUUAGAUUUCACUAACAGUAUGUUUGCUAAAAUCUCAAGUUAACCUGUUGAAGUACAAGGAUAAUUUUAGUCCAUAAUUUGAUCUACUGCAAAACAGCUUGGCAUUUUCUAAUAGCUGCCUCCCUGGUUACUUUAAGUACAUUGCCAGUGAAGUCUGUCCUCAAGGUCACAUCUGUUUCUCUGUUAUGUACCUAACCAAUUGUGUGUUACUGCUGGUUUGGGAUUUGUUUUUGUGCUAUGAUUACAAUGACUUUUGGUACGUUAUUGACUUCUUCAUACAGAAGAGAUGCAUACAAUGCCAUUAGAUCAUGUUUGUGCAUUUGUUCAGGUUCCUUUGUUUCUAGACUAGAUCAGGCACUACAGUUGAGGACGAGAUGAGAUAUUCAUAUGUAACAAACAGCAAAAGGGAGCUAUUGUGUAGAAACUAUGAGCCUUGCAGUCCAUUUUGACACAGCAAUGAUCUCUGCUGCCAGUAAAGCCACGUGCUCCACUGAGGUUUCUCAAGUGUACUUUUCUUCUUCACAGCAAAGCUUUUAUGUGUCUCAGUUCAGCUUCUGCAGAGAUGUGGCUUGUGCUAUAAUUGCCUGCUCGUAGCCUUGCACAGUAUCUGAGAUUUACUAACUGUACAGCAGGUUAAUUUAAAGCAAUAAAUUAUAAAGAUUUGGGAAACUAUCAUGUUCUUUUUUCCUUAAAAACAAAUAUUUAUAUUGUAUUUCCUUUUCAGAAUUAGUUGUGUGUACUCCCCAAUAUUCAUCUUCAGUUACCAUUAAGGUUUUAGUAAGGGCUCUGUAAUUCAGACAAAGGAUGUUCACAAUCCAGCUCCAAAAGGUGAGGCACAGUUGGUGCACUACAACAGUUUGCUUUUUAAGUUUGAGCCACUGGAUCUACAGUACCUAUCUUGUCAGCCUUCUGAAGUUCAGGUUUUUAAAAUCAUGCUCCGCUAUUAUUUCAGAAGCAGUUCCCGUUUAGGCUAUACUGCCUUUAAACAAUAUUUUGCUUAUCUAUGAAAACCAAGUUGAAUAAGUUCUUGAAAUGUUAACAGAUUUUCAUGUUGGUAAUGCAAGGCCAGAGAGAGGCAAUAAAUUAUAAUUAUUUCUAUUGACUUUCUUUCUUAAGCAGUCGCAUUGACCCUUUAAUAGAUCUGUCCAGGAAUAAAUGGGCUGUGAUGUGCACAGUAUUUAGAUUUCUGUUGUCCUAUCUUGAGCAUUCAUUGUGACUUACUAUAGCAUAAGAAUCUCAGUGUACUGGCAUUGCAUUAGUGACAUGGAAAGCCUCAAGUUGUUUUAAGAGAUUGAGUAUAUGCUGACAGAAUGUAGAUGGGUAAACAACCCUUAAGUCGCAUUUGUAAAUAGUGUAUGAAGUACACUGUAUUAAGACCACCAGGUCAGUCUCAGUAUGUAAAAAGGUGAAAAACUGGAGCUUGAAACUGCUCUCAUAACCUCUGUUGUUUCUAUUGUUGCUAUUAAAAAUGAUCCAUUUCUAGUAAUUA